GCCGCGUACUUCGCAGUUUUCACAGUGACGUUCGCCAGCACGCGUGCGCGCGGUGCAUGUGAUUUGUGCGUGCGCAUGUAACUGUGUAUGUGUACGUGCGAGUCGAAGGUUACCGACCAAAGUACUCGCGAGACGACAAUUCUUGACGUGCGGCGACAGUUAGUAAGUAGUAAUUCUUCCGGGAAAAGAAUUUUCCAGCGAUACGGAAGAACGCGUCGACACAACAAAGGAAAAAUGUCCAGUCCGGGAAACGGCGGCGGCGAUGCCGCUGGGGGUAGCGGUAACGGCGGCGGUUGCUGCUCGACGAUUAUAAAGAAGCUUGGCCUGCGACCGGUCACACGGUGCAACAUCGCCAAGUUCUAUGCGCCGGCGUUCGGCGCCGCCUCGUACACUUCGAUGUCCAUCAAUGUCAUGAAUCCGAGCCUCGUCGUCAAAGUAUUCCCAAAGAAAGACAUUACGAAUUUCUUACUGGCUGGCACUCUGAUUGGUACCGGAUCAUACAUCUACACACGUGAACAUAUGAAGGCUGCACCACAGUCUGUAAGAAUUCUAUAUAGUGCCACUGGCGCGGUAUUAUUGAGUCUGGGAUCAGUCUUACUAUGGGCGGUGAUACGUUCCAUAGUCCCGCCAAGUCCAGUCUGCUGUACGUUAGCUGGCAUCGGCACUGGAGUGGCGUUUUUGAAAGUCGGCUCCAGUUAUCUCGAAUUUGUGGACGGGCAAAUAGCGAAAAAGUAGGCUGUUCCUAUAUGCUUUCUGUUCUUUUCUUUCCCAUCUUGGAUUUUUAUCUCGAAUUGUUGCGGAAUGAAAUUGUACUACGUCGAGCAAGGAAUACGGCACUUUAUAUCUGUUCAUUUUGAACGCGACUCCCAAAUCGACAAGUCUUGUGGAAUUUUCGUUUCAUGCGACAGGAGAUUACGGAGAGCGAUUCAAUACUUGAUUCAUCGGAUUCCUGAAAUUUUUUCGAGUGCAAAUUAUGUGUAAGUAAUAUUUUUUCCAUCGCGAGUUUUAUAUACGCGCGUUUUUUUUUUUCAAAAUAAAAAGACAGAAUAGAGAUACGAAUGGAUACUCGAGUGCUUUCCAUUUGAUAGCAUAAAUCGACAUAAAUAUCGUUUUGUCUUUUUUACCUAUUGAACGUAAAAAAAAAUAGAAGAAUGAUGCCUGUGUCGAUUUGUAUCAUUAAAUGGAAAGCACUCGUCGUAUUAAUUCCAAAAAUGUGAAUUGUCGUAUCGCACAAAAAUGUGAUAUCGGCGAUUCUAACUUGAAGAAAGCUUUACCUGGCAGCGAAGUGUUCAUAAACAGUCGUGCGCUUUUUCUCUUCGCCCGUCAUUUACGCAUCGCCGACAUGAUAAACGGCAUUUUAUAAAUUGUUCCUUAAGAUAUAUAUUGCACGCACUUUGGGAACUCAAACGAGACCCUCAUAAGCUCGUUUAUGGAAACCAGGAAGUAUGAGCAUCGUAUGUUUAUCGACAACGUGUUUUGUAAGCUGCAUAAGAAUGCAAUCAUCAUAUGUAGAUAACUGUCACCAUAAAUAUAUGAAUAUACGAAUUGUGACACGAUAGAAAAAAAAAAGAAUGAAACAUACGAAUGAUCUCCUCCCCUGCCUGAAAUCCAUCGACAUCUAUUUUGCAUUUUUAUUCUAAACUAACAAUAACUGUAUGUAUACAUUGUUAAUAUUUAAAUUUUUAUACAUAAUAUUACGUUGUGCUAUAAAAUUCUAACAAUAACAAUAUGGUCAAUGAGGCAAAAA